CAACAAGAUAGGAGAACGCUGCACAUUCCGCCGGCUGGCCCACGACAUGGUGUGGCGCUGCGUCCUCGCAUGGCUGGUUGUUCACACUGCAGCAAAGACAGUGAAUCCUCGCGUGAAAUGGGGCCAGAACAAGGAGCAGCUCUUCAUCUCGGUCAUCGUGCGUGACCUGGAUGCAAGCUCAGUGUCAGUACAGUUGACAAGCGAGAGCGAUUUGAGCUUCCGUGCCAAGAGCACAUCUGGCGAAGAGAGUGUUUUGGAACUCCCACUCCGGGAGGACGUCCAGGAGUCAGUGAGGUGGGAGAUCGCGCCUCGCCCGGACAAGUGGGGAACGACAACUUUGAUUACAUUAGGGAAGAGGCACGGGCACCGCUGGGACGUGCUCACCAGCACGCCGCAAAAGUUCAAGGGACUCAUCGACAAGGAUUGGACUCGAGAAGAUGCCAGCCUAGAGCCCGCAGAGGAGAUGACACUCUUCGAUGAUGCGGAGAACGUUCUUAGACUGACGGAGCGGUCUUUCAACAAGACCCUGGCAUCGCAGACCUGCCUAGUCGUAGCAGCCAGGUUCCCUUGGUGCAAAGAUUGCUCUUCCAGUGACCAGACCUUCUUGAAGAGCGCCGCCGCGGCAAAGGCUCGGAGGAAGAAGGCGAAGGAGUGGAAGAAGGUGACCUUUGCCUACUUGGACGCGCGCGAGAACAAGCGCCUGGCGAGACAGUGGGAAGUUACCUGCAGCCACAACUGCGAAUACCUGGUCUUCAAUGAGGAUGAGGAGCCCGCGAGGAUUAAGAGCCAGUUCGAGGAGGCGAAGCUGUUGGAGGAGCUAAGGAGGUUUCUCAGCCCAGCCGUGACAGAGGUGUCGCCAAAGGAGGCUGACCGCCUCAAGGCCUCCAACGUCACGGCGCUUUUUUUCGGCUCCAAGGACCAGAAGGAAUACCUGAUGUUCAAGCGAGCGGCCAAUCGAAUGCGAGGCGAGCUGGCCUUUGCGGCAGUCUUUGGUGAGGGCAGGGACCACAUCGAGCUCUGGACCGAAUCCGAGCCCAUGACGCUGAAGCUAGCAGACUUUCGAGACAACCAGACUGUCUUGGAGACUUGGUUGAGGCAGCGAUCAGUCCCUCUCCUGCAGGAGUAUGACUGGAUGAAGAGAGAGACUUACGAGAGGAUGAAGCUGCCUUUGGCACGCGUUUGGUAUGAUGACAAGAGCCCGGACGAGACUUUCCAAGCGCAGGUGAAGCGCACUGUGACAGCGGUGGCCAAGAGGCUGCUUGGAAGAAUGGCCUUCGUAAAGCAGAAGAAGUCCACGUACUCCUACGAGCUCAGGGACUAUGGCCUUACCAAUCCCGAGGAGUACCCCGCCUUCGGCAUCGCCGAGAACGUGAGUUGGAACUGCAGGAAGUUCGGCCUAGAGACCGCCGCCUUUGCGGCUUCGGCGCAGGAGUUCUGGUCAGAUGCAGAGCUCAGUGAAUCGAAGCUGCUGGAGUUCUGCGAAGGAGUUCUUGCUGGCAAGAUUGAAGAGUCGCAUGAGUCCGGGCCUGUGCACACGAACUGGACCAAAGGCGAGGUCAAGCGAAUCGUCUGGAAGAGCUUCCAGGAAGAGAUCAAGACUCCAAAGAUG